AUGCGCGCGCACACGCCCAAUAACCUCGAUGGGCGUGGAAGCCGUAGAAGCUCGGUCACGAAUCGAUUCAGGGCCAGCACUUCUAACGAUCAACCCAGCACCUCACUUCGAAAGUCCAGGAUUUCCGCCUUCCGCGCCACACAACCCACUUACAAUCUCUUCACUGGAGAAUCUAACCUCCCUCGCCCUGCGUCUCGACAGAGUCUAGCCGCUGAAUCUGUCCGCCCCGGCUCGCGCGAAAGUCAUAAGGAGAACAUGGCGCCUCCCGACGCGGACGAGUACGAAAAGUACAGGAGGGAAAUCGAGUCAUUGAAGGCUGAGAUUGGUACACUUCAAUAUCGGAUGCAAACUAGCGAUCAAGAGAAGGAAAUUGCUCUUUCGCAACAUAAUAGCAAGCUUGAACAAGCUCGACGACGCGAACACGAUGAAUCACAACAAAGACAAGCUGCUGAGGCCGAGCGCCAGAAAGCGUUAGCGCAAGCAGAGGCAUUGCGGCAAGAAUUGGAAGAAGUUAAAGAGUCAGUCGAUGGAGACAGGAAACAGCUGGAGCGCAAAGCUCGUGAAGCUGAGGAUGAGGCCCGCCUGCUGCAGGAACAGUUGGAGGACCUCUCGACAGCGAAGGACGAUGCUGCCCGAAUUGCCGAUCGCAAGAACACCGAUAUGGAGAUGCAGAUUACUGCAUUCCAGAAGACCAUCCAAGAAUUCGAACAAGAGAACGAGCAACGAGAGAAUAUUCUACAGCAAACACAAGCCCAGCUAGCCGAGAAGGAUGACCAAAUUGCCAACCUCGAAGCUGAUGUUUUGCGACUCAAGGCUCAAAGUGGCGACGCAGAGACGAUGGAGAUUAUCCGACAGGAACUGACCGAACAAGUUCAACAUAUCCGUAACCUCGAGUCGACGAACCGGGAACAACUCUCCGAACUUAAGCAUCUACGAGCGUUGAGUAAAGCCGUCGAGGUUGUCGAGGAGGAGAAGCGAACCUUGCAGCGAAGGUUGGAGUCUGCAGAGCUGGUUGAAGCAGAGCUGGCUGAGGCCCGAAUUCAACGUCAGCGCCUUGAGGAUGAGCGAUUGUCCUGGGCGGCAUAUCUAAGGAAUAAUGCUGAGAUGAAUGAGAACGAGUUCGACUCUCCAGAAGCUGUGGCAAGGGCCCUUGUCGAGGAACGUCUCACCAAUGCAUCUUAUGUUGAGAAGGCGGGUGUCCUGCAGGCUGAAAUCACGUCGGCGCAGAACACCAUACAGUCGUUGAACAACGAAAAGUCUCACCUCAUGAGCGAGGUUGAGAACGCAAAGAGUGCAGCCAAUGCGACCAACACCGACAAAGCUCGACUGCGACUCGAUCGCCAGCGGGCCCUGGCCGUUAAGGAGGUAGAAUAUCUUCGCGCACAACUCAAGACCUUCGACACUGAGGACGAGACGCUCCAGCCUGAGCAGUUUGACCAAGCACGCUCACAGCGAGUUCAAGAACUUGAGGAGCUUGUCGACAAGUACAAGACCGAGGUCCAGAAUCUGCACGCUGAGCUAUCGGCUGUCGAACCCUCAGCAACAGGCACACCACAACCGGCAACGGGCAGCAAGCGCUCAAGGGCUGAGGAUGAUAGUACUCAAGAACAGCUCGGACAACUCACGCGAAAGAAGCGCAUGUUGGAGGAGCAGGUAACCAAGUUCCAAAACAAAAUGGCACUACUCGAGAAGGACUUGUCCACCAGCCGCGAGCAACUCCAAGCUGCCAAGCAGCAGACACAAACACGUGUGCUAUCUCUCAAGUCGAACCCUACUUCUGACUUUGAAGCGAUCAAGCGUUCGACUCUCGAGGCGCUCAAGAAGGAGAACGAGGAUCUUCUGGCAAAACUCCGCUCCAAUGGCGGUAGUUCUUCAGUGCCUACGAUACCAACCUCGGUCCUCUCAGCCAUGGAGCGUGAGAUCACUGCUGCCAAAGCGGAAACAGCAUCAGCCGAGAAGCGAACUCGUCGCCUCAAAGAAGUCUGGGGCUCCAAGUCUCAAGAGUUUAAGGAGGCCAUCUUCUCCACACUUGGCUGGACAGUAACGUUCAUUCCCAACGGCAAGAUGCGCGUCGAGAGCACCUUUUACCCGUCGCAGACAGACGAGCACGAAAACUCCAUCAUCUUCGACGGAGAGCGCGGCACGAUGAAGGUCGGCGGUGGUCCAAGAAGCGCUUUCGCUAGAAGAAUAAGCGACCAGAUUGGGUUCUGGGUCAGAGAGAAGGGCUGCAUCCCAGGAUUCCUGGCAGCGCUGACACUAGAGUUUUACGAGGAGCAUACCAAAGCGACCAAGUAA